UAUGAAACAACUCACAAGUGACGGAAAAUGAAAUCGUGCAUUCUGGUGCUGACUCUGUCCUGCCUGUUUUUGGAGGAGACAACCCAUGUUCUUGCGCAAUCUGUCAAAAAGUUGCAGAAGAAAACAAAGGAUAUUAAAAAACAGGAUCCCGCAGAGGAAUGUAUGGCACUAAGAAACGAAGCAAACGAAUUGGAAACCUCUAACAAGGCUUUGCAGAACGAAAUUUUCAAAUGUAAACUAAGAGACAGAUGUCCUAACAAAGGUCCAGAUGGCAUUUACAAAAUUACGCUCGGUGGGAAGAACACAGCAAGAACAGCAAUUACUUUCGAAGCUUCCUGCAAAAGGUGCGGUUGGAUGAUAUUUCAGCGGCGUUCUGAUGCCUCUGAAAACUUCAAUCGUGACUGGAAGCAUUAUAAAGCAGGAUUUGGAAACAUCAAACGAGAUUUUUUUAUUGGUCUCGAAAAACUGCAUCUAAUCACGAAGGCACACCAUUGCCAAGUGUUAAUUGAGCUUCGGGAUAAGAAGGGACACCGACGCUACGCUCAUUACGAUCAGAUAGAGAUUGGAAGUGAGAAGGAGUCCUAUGUCCUAAAGGUGGUUGGAAGUUAUUCGGGCACAGCAGGUGAUUCUCUCAAAUAUCAUGAGAACGCUAAGUUUAGCACAUACGACCGUGAUAACGACUUACAUACUGAGAACUGUGCAAAACAUCAUCAUGGUGGUUGGUGGUUUAAAAAUGUGCUACAAGUUCGCUGAAUGGAAAGUAUUAUAAGGACGGGAAAAAACCAGAAGGAAAAGAUUAUGGGAUUUUUUGGGGUUCCUGGAAUAAAGACUACGACUUUAACAUCUCGCUUACCCAUGUUGUAAUGAUGAUUAUGCCAAAAUGUUUAACAUUGGAAACGGUUCCUAUGAUAAUGGAAAGAUUGAAGCGAAACUAACUUCUAAAAUAUGCGUUAAAUUUAUUCUCUAACCAGGUCAGGUAGAGUAAUCUUAUGAAGUGUAAGCGAACAGAUAAUAUUCUAAGCAAAGGUCCAUAUAAAAAACACAAUAUUAUAAUUCCUGAAAUAAAUACUAAUGGGG